UCCGUUCGUAUCGUAAUGUUAUAAUUUUUCAAUAUUUACGAUUUUAAUAAUAUUUACUAUAAAAUCACUACCGCUAUUAUCUUAUCAAAUACAUACCUACUAUUUAAUCUAAUUCUUUUCCUAGCAACAUAAAUUGAAUGAGUUAAUCUUCCAGUAAAGUGCGGUCAUAUGUUAGGUUAUAAAAUAUUAGCAAUAAAGACUGAAAAACAAUUAUAAAAGUACAUAAAAUGGGUGACGAUUACCAGAAUAAAAUAGCUAAACUUAAGGGCCAAAUUAAGAGCUAUCCAGAUUUUCCCAAACCGGGAAUAUUGUUCUGGGACAUCUUCUCAGCUAUAUCAGACGGCCAGACAUGCACAUUGCUACAAGGGCUCCUUGUAGAAACCAUUCGUAGGGAGUUCCCCGACAUACAAGCUGUGGUCGGGUUGGAGAGCCGAGGGUUCCUCUUCUCAUUUGCCGUGGCUGCUGAGCUCGGUAUCGGCUGUGUGCCCGUGAGGAAGAGGGGAAAGCUGCCCGGGGAAGUCAUCGCUUAUGAGUACAAGCUGGAGUAUGGAACUGACAUCCUAGAAAUCCAGAAAGACUCAGUCAAGCCUGGCCUCAAGUGCCUCAUCAUUGAUGACCUGCUCGCUACCGGGGGCACAGUGAAUGCGGCAGCUAACUUGCUCCAGAGCUGUGGAGCUGAGGUCUCUGGGACCCUGGUGGUCAUCGAGCUGGAAGCCCUCAAUGGCAGGAAUAAGGUACCUAAAGGUGUUAAGUUACAUUCCUUGAUUCAGUAUGCCUAGUUUUUUUGUAAGAAAGUACAGAAUGCUAUAUAUAUACUUGCCAGUUGACUUUUUACGGUUAAUAUUUUAAGUACAAAUAAUAUUAAUAAUAUUUCACCUAUUUUAUAUGUAGAGCUUACAAAGGGUUUGUAAGAAUCUAAGGGAUUUAUAAAUUGCCAGUAACACAUUAGUUUUGACCAUAUAAAAAAUACUUUUCGAGAAAUUAAUUACUUACCAAAGUUAUAAAUAUUCAUUUCCAUGAUUUUGAAAGACAUAAAUUUAAUAUAAGAGAUUUUGUGCCUGUGCACUGUGUGAUAAAAACAUGUUUUCACAGUCUCAGAAUAGAAUGUACGUUUAGAUUGAAAAUCUCAAGUACAAAAGCAAUAUGUGAUAAAAUACUUUUUAUAUAAUUAUGUUACAUUUUAAAUGUUCCUUUAUUUUCAUAGAUAGGGAGUUAUAAAGGACACGUUAUAUGAUAAAUUACUAUAUUUAGGCACUUUCAUUUGUUUAUACUAUUUAUAUUAAAGAUGGCAAAUAAGUAAUAUAAUAAGUUAAAGACAUUGUGAUCCAUUCCUUUUACAGUAAGUGUUUCAUUGUAUUUCUAUGUGUUUUACAAGAAAUGUUCUUGCAAUAAACUUUACAUAACUAAUA